CCCUGGAGGGCGGAGAAGAGAAACAGGUCUGAGAUAACAAAGUAGAUGACAAACCGGGAAAGGGCUGAGAAGUGUGCAAACGGUUUAAACGCGGCGCUCAAAGUAAUCGAAGAUGAAAAUCGAUAUUCAUAAUCACAUAUUACCGAAGGAAUGGCCCAAUCUGAAGGAGCGGUACGGCUAUGAUGGAUGGGUUCAACUGCACCACCACUGCAAAGGAGAAGCUAAAAUGAUGAAAGAUGGGAAAGUGUUCCGCGUGGUGCAGGAGAACUGCUGGGAUCCAGCAGUACGCAUCCGAGAUAUGGAUAAGUAUGGAGUAACUGUGCAGGUCCUCUCCACCGUCCCCAUCAUGUUCAGUUACUGGGCCAAGCCUCACGACGCCCUGGAUCUCUGCCACAUUCUGAACGACGACCUGGCAGCCACAGUGCGCCAGCGCCCGCGGCGGUUCGUGGGCCUGGGGACUCUGCCCAUGCAGGCCCCGGACCUGGCCGUGCAGGAGCUGCGGCGCUGUGUGCUGGAGCUGGGGUUCCCCGGCGUGCAGCUGGGCUCCCACGUCAACCGCUGGGACCUGAGCGCGCCCGAGCUCGGCCCAGUCUACGCAGCUGCUGAAGAGCUGAACUGCUCCUUAUUCAUUCAUCCCUGGGACAUGCAAACUGAUGGAAGGAUGUCUAAAUACUGGCUCCCCUGGCUGGUGGGAAUGCCAGCAGAGACCACAACAGCUAUCUGCUCCAUGAUCUUUGGGGGCGUAUUUGAGAAAUUUCCCAAGCUUAAAGUCUGUUUUGCUCAUGGAGGAGGAUCCUUCCCCUACACAAUUGGACGAAUUGAGCACGGAUUUAAAGUUCGUCCAGAUCUGUGUGCCGUAGAUAACAACAUCAAUCCCAGGAAAUAUCUUGACUCGUUUUAUACGGAUUCCCUUGUCCAUGACCCUCAGGCACUGAAGCUUCUUCUUGAAGUGGUUGGAAAGGAUAAGGUCAUGCUUGGUACAGACUACCCAUUUCCCCUGGGAGAACUUGAGCCAGGAUCUCUGAUAGAAUCAAUGAGUGAAUUUGACUGCGUGUUAAAGGAUAAACUUUUAGCAGAGAACGCUCUGGAGUUUUUGGGCCUUCAUAGAAGCCAGUUUGAGUGAUCCCAAAGACACCUGAUUAUUACAUGAUGAGAUUACAACCUAAAUUUCUAAUCACCAGAGUGAUUCAUACUGAAGAUCUAUAGAACUGUAUGGAAAUUAAUUUAAUUAACUGUAUUUCUCUAUCUGAUAGCUGUUAAACGGCACAUAAUAAAAAAUAACAUUUUGGUUCUACUAGAAGACAUCUCUUCUCUUCCAACUGAUGUACUUGUACCACACGAAUAAGCAAUUAAUGUGAAAAAAAAAACACUGUAGGUUUUUCAUACAAAAAUAAAUCUUCCACAAUGCACUGCC